AUCGUUAACAAACCAUCGACGGCGCUGUUCACAUCGAACACCAGACCGAAAGCCUUGAGGGAAUUAUACGAGGCUGCCGCUAUAGUCGCUGUCAGAAGUUUGGAUAGCCUGAGAAGGGAUGGCAGCUCCAUGGAUAUGUUCCUCUGCACGCCCGUCCUUGGCAAGAGAAGGCGAGACCAAAGUCUCGACAUCGAAUCCAGGAUCCCGGCCGCUAUCGAGGAUCUACGAAGAUGGACAUCCACGGAGGCGCUCGGGGACGUUACUGUACCACCGGAUUGCAUGUCCAGGAUCCUCGGAGAUACAACGACCGACGACGCCGUCGAUCACAAGCUUCCAAGCCCCGAGGAACAGGUUCAAGCCGUCGCUCUGAAAUUCCCGGCGGAAAUCGUGGCUGUGGACGUGAGCGGGAGAGGAUUCGAGAGAAUGUCGAUGAGGAGGAGAUCCCUGCUGUCUGGCCCGGAGAGUCAAGAGACAGCGGUGAAGAGACGAUCGCGACCUCGCAGGCCCAGAGGAAAGAGACGAAACACGAUCGCUGGCACCGAUCAGAAGGAAAUUCGACAGGCUAUCGGGGGGGAAACGACCGGCGAAGAGGCAGAGGAAACGAUGUCGAACAUAGCGACGAGGGCUCAUCGAUCAGCGAGCACGGAUAUAUUGGGCUCGUCGAAGAAAGACUCGUCUACGGAAAAGAAGUCUCACUUCAAUACGUUGAAGGCAUGGGGCAUGUCCAGACUGAAACUGAUCAGUCCGAAAUCCAGUCAGCAAUCGGAGCAGCAGGAGACGGCCGCUUCGGGCACAGAGAGGUCAGAACAGGAUCAAGGUCAGUCGAGAUCAGCCGAGGAAACAAAUAUUUACGAAAUGGUAAUAACCAGGCGCAGGAAGGACAAGUCUCACGAAAGGAAGCCGAGCUCGUCGAGCUCGAGCGGGAAGAGCACCUCGAGUAUACCGGUAUCCGUCCCGAGCACCGAGAGACAACCGAGCGUGAAAUUGCGCGAAAGCGCGGCCCAAAGGAGAGAAAGACGAAAGGGAAGCAGUCGCGACGAGCCGCCUCAUUCCAGCUCUGGAAACUGGAGUGCAUCCUCCGAAAGCGGAAGGGCGAGUAUCGGAAGCGAAACCACCACUACCACGCAUCAGCCGAGAUCAACGACGACUGCCUCGAUUGGAACGUCGUCGACAUCUCUAAGUCACGUGAGACGGUUCAAAGGACGAGAUACAUCGACUUCAUCCUCCGUAACGUCAGAAGGUACAUUAACUCCAGAUAUUAUACAAGAUAUCGCCGUGAUACCUUUCUCCGACGAUGGUGAAACAUCGUCUGUGUAUUCCUGCGACACUGAGGGCUAUUACACCUCGUUCCACGUGGACUCUGGUCUAAAAACUCUAAGAGAAGAGGAUCCAGUCCCGCAGUGUCCGUUGAUGAAAUCCAAUGAUAUCAGUUCCGAUCCUACCUCACCGGUUGUCGAAAACGAGUAUGAACUCUUUGGAAGAGGUUCAACAUCGACAACGACGAGUUCCGCCGGCACAGUCUGUACCGCUUUAAUGGCACCACCGCCGCCAGAAAGGAAAUCCAGCCUAACCGUUGUUGCUAUGGUUCACGGGUCAAACCAAAACGGCGGUGAGUCUCCGGAUAGCGGUCACAAUACGUCGUCGUCGCCCGUGGAGUCAGCCUCGAGUCCAGCCUGUACGGGAAGAUCGUGCUCGGAAUUCGAGUAUUCCGAGUCCAGCGACCUCGAAAGCUGCGAGAGGAUCGAGAGAAUUCGUUUGAAGACUGCGAUCAAUAACAGUCGUAUACCGUCCAUGUGCGUGAUCACGCCACCGGGUUCGGACGACGAGCACGCGAGAGAUUCGGACCAGGCCAGCAAAAUAAUCGAUCUUCAAACAGGAGGAUCGGUUCUAAUGUCCGCCACGGUUGGCACUUCCAAGAUGGAAGUGAUCAACGGCCAAGACAAGAAUCUUUACGCCACGAUUCAGGUGUUACCUUCGCCUACGAGCGAGAAACCCACGGUCGGGCAGAGUCAGGGGGCCAAGAUCAAUCCACUGAGCGGAGUACUGGGCAAACUUCGCGGUGUUCUACCGGGCAGAAAACAGGUGCUGAAGAGUACGGUUCAAGAACAGACGAACGCAGACUCCGGCGACUAUGUCACCAUAGCCGACGUGAGAAACAACAAUGACAAGCGUCAGGACUCGGCUGCCUGUUCAAGCACGACCCCUGUCCGGUCCCCGGUUACCUAUGCUAAUUCGGAUAUAUUUAAGAAAGAUGCCGAGUACGUUAGUUUAAGCGAGUUGCCUAAGAAGCCCGAUUCGUCACUGGAAAGGAAGAGACAGGGUGCGAGGGUUACGUUGGAUUCGGAAGGCAAAGUCGUUUAUUCGUCUGAUAGCUUGAAGAGGAGGAAGGGCGCGCAUACUACCUUCAAUCCAGGUCCAUUCGUAAGAGAAGGCGUGUCGCCGAGUCCGUCUCCAUUGCUGCAUCGGGCAACCCCUAAUGUUCGCGCAGUGACGAAGACCAACGACACGGUGGACGGUCCGACAGGCAAAUCCACUCCACCCACGUCACCCCAAUUAGGCAAGGUGAUCAUCAGAGCGGCGAGAAGUCCCGAUCGCGCGGCCAGUCCAGAUUACGUGAGAACACCGACGACCGUGGUUGGUCCAACGAGUCCGACUACUCCUCAUCGACAAGUUCGCGGGGCUUAUGUCAACGUGCAGGACGACGAAGACAAUACACUGUUGGCUAUAGACUCGGUGCCUCCUCAUGGACUAGUUCAACCACCGCCUUAUAUAUCGCCUCCUAACCCCGAGGAGUGUCAAAAGGAGAAGAUCCAAGAGAUCUUGAAGGAUCCAUCCUCGCCCCAGAAGAUCCAGGGUGAGAAGCAACAGAGCUAUGGACGACAAGCAGUCCCGAAGAUUUACUCUCACGAUCCACGUCAGAGCCUCUGCGAUGGUAACAACAAGCUUUUCGAAGAGACCAAAGUGUCGGGAUGCGACGAUCUGCAGCGCGUCUGCGAUCAACGUCAGAUCGUGUACAUGCGAAAUGCGAGGAACCAGCAGUACUAUGUUCCCGGGAAAGACGCGAACCAACAGUUCUACACGUUGCCAUCGAGAAGGCCACAGAGAGAUGUCGAGCCACCUCGCAGCGUCACGCCGGACAUCACGAGGGGUCUUGGUCGUGGUUCGUUGAGUACGAUGCACGUGCUAGCUAGGCAUGGCCAGAAGGCGAUGAUGGAACAGGAUUCGAAUCGCUAUGGCUCUCACGUGGAAUUGAAUAAGAGGAAUUCGGAGAGCACUGAAACGGAGAACAGGCUGAUUCAAAGUCAAGAGCAGCAAUCGAUUGUGGAUAUUAGAAACAGAUUCCCAACACCAUUAGGGCUGACAGCGCUUGGAUAUCGAUUCUUCGCGUCCUCGCCUGUUCGUGAUCCCGUUACGAAGUCUUCUAGUGCUGAUGCGUUAAAGUACAAUCCAAUUUCCCCGAUCGGGCACGGCUACGGUAAUAGUUUCAAGUCGUCCACGCCGACCGGACGUAGUAUGCCAACUGUUGCCGAACGUUUGGUACUCACCGCCAACAACAACUGCUCGUCGAUGCCGAACUCCGGAAGAAGCACCCCCGUCCAAAGCUCGUCCGGCAGAAGUACACCGACGAACCUGAUACUUUCACCGACCAAGAGCACAAUGUCCAACGAGGAGCUAUUCGCCGCAAUUCACAAAUCGAAGAAAAGACUGAACAUUAAGGAUGACAACGAGAAUCUCUCUCCCUACGGAUCGACCAAUUCGUUAGUGAAGAUGACACCUGGGAACAGGAACAGUUGGAGUUCCGAACCGCAGAAAUCUCCGACGGUAACACAGAACGCCCAACCAGCAUCACCUGCCACUUCACGGUUGGACUUUAAACGGUUACUCCUUCAGCAGAGCGUGAAAACCGGACCAACAAGACUCUCAGCAGCGGAGCAAUUGAAGCUAUCGCGACAACAAUGCCAGCAGCAGCAGUCGUCGCCGACAAUCCAACAGACGACUUCGUUAGCCAAAGUCCUUAGCCCUCGUUCCGUCUGGAGGUUUCAAACGCCUCGUACGGACGUGCUAUCGUCCACUAUAAUCGAGGACACGGCGGCCGAGGAGAAGGCCAUGAAACCUUCCCCUGAGAACACUUCCCCCGUGUCGAGACUGAACGUCAGACGGCAACUGGAUCUUUGUAGCGAUCUGCCCGAAAACUUGCGACUGGUCGAUUCCGUCAGCGAGGAAUCCAUCGCCUGUAACUUGAUUACCGACAGAUUGCCGUUGAACAACGAAAUGGAGACGGGAUCUUCCAUUAGAAACAACCCGACGCAGGAAACCCUCGAGAGCAACAAUAAUCACACGGCUAGUUCUUCCGUUCCAAAUACGCUGCCGUCCGUUUCGAACGCUUCAGACGCUAAUUCACAGAACAAGACGACCAAUUCCGCGACGAUCCCGUAUCAAGCGAACUGCUCGCAGCUCACUCCUUCGUGCCAACAAGCGAUAAGCGCUUUCGAGUCGAGGAGGAUCAGCAAUCAGCUGGCUAGAGCGCAGUUCCUGGCUGGCACGUCGACCACCGCCAGCCAGGGGCACAGCACUUAUGCGAAGAAGAUGUUCCGCGCGAGGUCAGAGUCCCCGCAGAAUCCAGCGAUACAGAACGUCGCACGUAGCCCUAGCGUCCCGACGCUGGAAACUGCUCUGUGAUCGCGACACGCGCCUUGCGUGCUUGUGUAGCAUGUGUGAGCUAUUUAGAACCAGAUUGUCCGUUGUUUCUUCGAGUUAACCAUAGAACUGCCGAUCUGUUCAGCUAAGUAUAGUAUAUAGGGAUGGUAACGAAUACAUAUACAGAAAGGAAUAUGUAUAUACGAUUAUGCAGUAAUGCUCGGUUAAAUUGUAAUGGAACAUGCUCUCACCACUAGGUGUCUCUCGCUAGGCAAAACUUGAUACGGUUAAGAAGAACAGAGAGAAAGAAAAGGAGACAGAUAUAGUAUAAGGGUAUGCUGUUAGUGAAAAUAUGCAGUAGAAAAUAUUUUCCAAUGCAUUGCUAGUAUUCCUUUGACUAAAACGAAUCCAAGCAUCACGUA